AUGGUAGUAGCCCAGCGUUAUUACAUAGAACAUCCGAAUGAUAAAGAUGAACAGCGAAUACAAGCUCUGCUCACCGACUAUAUUCCUGAUUCGUAUCUACAGAAGGAAGAGGAUAUCAUUGUAUGGAUGAAGACCAUCAUAAGCAAAUUAAAAAGUCCAUAUUUUCAGGAAGCUAGGAUGGAUCCACUUAAGGUAAUGCUGGGCCGGAUUUCCAAAAAGGCAAACGUAGGCCAUGGGCUAAGGCUCAGUUUGGGGGGGGGGGGGUUGUCUUCUUCUUCUAUAUAUAAAGGGCCGACGAUCAAUUUAUUUAUCAUUUUGGCUCCAAUGCAUGUAGAGGGGAUUUGUCUAUUUUUCUGUGUGAACAUAUCAAUAAAAUUAAAUAUCACCCAUUUUUCGUACGUGGCUGACAAAAUCUACGGGCGGCUUAUUGACGCACUUCCUGUAAACAUACUGAACUUAAACUUAAAAUAUGCGCUUCUGACAUGUUAUAAGCGAUGUUCUGGUAGUGUUUCGUUUCUGCAUCAAUGUACUGGCAUCUUUGCAGCGGUUGGGGGUAUGAUAUUGCUAUUCUAACAGCUCCUGGCAGAUGCCAGGGCAGCCUUGAAGCUUGCGAUAGAUGUCAAAUGCAACACAGUGGCAUAGUCCAGGUUGUUCCAUGCUGUUAUUGUUCGUGGAAAUUGUUGAUACUUCCCUGUGUUGCACUGAGGCACUUUGAAACAUUUGCUAUUGUUUCGGGUGUAAUUGUUUAUGGGAAUGCCAGUUGUGAAAUCAGUGUUCAGUGAGCGUUUUGCUCUGAUCAGUCUAUAAAAUUGUUUGGGACACAAUUUAUUGUAGGUUUGUUGGAUUAUAGGCCAAUUAUUGCUUAUGUAUGUUUGAAUGCCCUUUGCAUUUUUGUUCAGACGUGCAAUAGUUAAUUUUGUUUUAGUUAAACAUAAGAGGCGUUUUUGUUACUAUUGAACGGGGGAAAAUUUUUAAAUAUAUUAUUAUUCUAUGUAUUUUUUAAAUAUUUUUUUAUGUCCAGGUGAAGAGAGACAUUGUAAGCUAUGCCAAGCACAAGUGGCCAUUACUGUUUUCAAGAUAUUAUGAAGUUUGCAAGCACUCUGGACCAACACUGCCGAAAAAUGAUGUCAUCAUCGCUGUCAACUGGACGGGAGUCUACGUUGUUGACGAGCAGGAACAAGUGUUAUUAGAGCUACCUUUCACUGAUAUUAAAACUGUCUCUAGUAACCGGUAAAGUCCCUUUGUUUUACUAAACAUUAUUAAUUAACUCGGUUUUUUUUUCGGUUUUAUUUUUUGUUGUUUGUGUGUGUGUGUGGGGGGGGGAGGGGUUCUUUUUAAAAAAAAAUAUAAAUAUUUAAAGAAAUAAAAUAUUUCUUGCUUUUAUAUUUUUUUUUAUAUAAACCGUUCAUCAAAACACUCAUCAUUAGCGUAUGUAUUAAAACAAUAAUGCGUAUUUCAAUCCUUAAGAAAUUGCAAGAUGGAUUUUGAAAGGUUCAAUCUAGACACCGUGAAAGGAGAGUACACAUUCACAACUCCA